UCCGGUGGGCGGGGUCACAAGACUGGUCAAUGUUUGGCCGUGGUGUCCGCUCGGUCUGAGGCAGCAUCCUGUCAUACCGGCCCCAUGGCUACGGAGGCUGCAGCCUCCUCCUCCAGUGCCCAGGCAUUACUCAAUUACUACUGCCAGGAAAAGUACUUUCAUCAUGUGCAGGCCGCAGCUAAUGAAUGUCUCAAGGACUACAUUAAUGAUCCGGUAUUCCUCUUUUUCCGGGCCUUUGGGAUGUUAAUGGAAGAUCAAGUGUCCGAGUCCAUCCGAGAACUGGAGAUGAUAAAAGACAAGGUGGACGUUUCUCUGUGUUCUGUGAUGGCUUUGAUUUAUGUGCACAAGAAGAGUUCGCAACCAGACAGAGAAGCGAUUCAAGACCUGGAAAUGCGGAUGAAAGAACAUCGAAAGUCGGCGUCACCUAGAGCCUUAUAUUACGCGGGGUUGUUCCUGUGGCACGUGGAGCGCCACGAUAAAGCUCGGGAGUAUAUUGACAGGAUGAUCAAAAUAUCAAAUGGAGACAGAGAUGGAUUGGUUUUGAAAGGGUGGCUGGAUCUGACCUGUGGGAGAGAAGCCUACGCCAAAAAAGCUCUGAAGUACUUGGAGGAAGGACUGCACGAUGAGAUGGAUGUGUUUGCUAUGAUGGGAAAGGCUCACUAUUACGAGCUGCGACAGAAUUAUUCCGGAGCCUUGGAAGCCGUGAACAAAAUCCUCGCCAGCGAUCCAGGCUUCACCCCGGCUCUCAUUAAGAAAAUGAAGCUACAACUGGCUCUGCAGGAUUGGGAACAGACCGCGGAGACUGCGCUAAGGUUACUACAGAAGGACAAUCAUAACCUGGAAGCCAUCAGGAUGUUGGGUCUUCAUUACUUGUGCCGAGAAGGAAAUGUUCAUGAGGCGACCACUAAGCUGGGAGAUUUAAUCAGUGCUUUGGACCGCUUUGAACCCCACAACGCCCACCUGUAUUACAGCAUGUCACUGGCUUUUAGCAAAAUGUGUGAACGUAACCAGCUCAUCCUUCAGCAAACCCAAACCAUGGUGGAACGUGCAGUCAAUUUGGCCCCUCAUGAUGCCACAUUUGCCACAGAGCUCGGCUACCAGCUUGUCCUACAAGGCCGGGUUAAGGAAGCAUUAAAGUGGUACAAAGCGGCAAUGAGUCUCGAUGAGUCCAGCGUCUCCGCACUUACUGGUAUUAUUCGAUGUCAGGUGCUGGAGGGACAACUACAAGAUGCUGAUCAGCAGCUGGAAUUUCUGAUGGAGAUUCAGCAGUCUAUUGGAAAGUCUGGGGAAUUAUCUUACUUACGGGCUGUUUUGGCCAUAAAGAAGCAGAAGAAACAAGAAGAGGUUAUCCAUUUGUUAAAAGACGUCCUUGACAAUCACUUCUCUUCUUUGCAAGGCUUGCCUCUCGGGAUCCAGUACUUUGAGACAUUAAACCCAGAUUUCUUACUUGAAAUAAUAAGGGAAUAUUUAAGUUUUUGCCCCAACCAGCCCCCAGCAGCCGGCCAGCCCGUCUGCUCCCUCUUGAAGCACUGUACCUCCGUCCUGGAAACAAUAGUGAAGACUGCUCCAGGUCUACAACAAGCCGUGUUUCUGAUUGCAAAGGUGAAAUAUUUAGCAGGUGACGUUGAAGCGGCUCAGAGCAGCCUGCAGCUCUUUCUGGACCAUAAUCCGUCAUAUGCUGAUGCACAUCUUCUGAUGGCUCAGGUUUAUUUGUAUCAGGACAACUUGAAGCUGUGUUCUCACUCUCUAGAGCUAUGUCUGAGUUAUAGCUUUGAGAUACGUGAAUAUCCGCUCUACAAUCUGCUUAAAGCUCAGACCCAGAAACGAAUGGGAGAAAUUCAGGAGGCCAUCAAAACGCUGCAGAUAGCCAUGAGCUUACCCGGGAUGAAAAAGGCUGGAUCCUCCCUGAAAUCAAAAGGAAGAAAAAUAGAAGUCAGUGCGAGUGACAGAGUGUCCAUCUUCCUGGAGCUUGUAGACUGUCAUCGUAGGAAUGGGGAGCAGCACGAAGCAGCUAAAGUCUUACAAGAUGCGAUCAAUGAAUUCUCGGGGACACCGGAGGAACUUCGCGUCAUGAUAGCCAAUGCGGAGCUGGCGCUGACACACGGGGACGUGGACCAAGCUUUAUCCAUGCUCCGGAACGUUUCUCCAGAGCAGCCUUAUUAUGUCCAGACCAAGGAGAAGAUGGCUGACAUCUACCUGCAGCACCGGAAGGAUAAGAAGCUCUACAUCAGCUGCUAUAGAGAUCUGGUAGAGAAAAUACCUGGCUCUCAUACAUACCUCCUCCUGGGAGACGCCUAUAUGAAUAUUCAGGAGCCCGAAAAAGCCAUUGAGAUAUAUGAACAGGCAUUGAGGAAGAAUCCUACAGAAGGAGCCCUGGCCAGUAAGAUUGGGAAAGCCUUGAUCAAGACUCAUAACUACACCAAGGCGAUCAGCUACUAUGAAACCGCCCUGAAAAGCAGUCAUCAGAACUUCCUCCGUUACGAUUUGGCAGAGCUCUUACUUAAACUGAGGCAAUAUGAAAAAGCAGAGAAGGUCCUCCAGCAGGCGCUGGAUCAUGAGACUGUGAAUGAAUUAUCACCACUUAUGGACGACAGCCGCUAUUUUGUUCUUCUUGCCAAAACCUACGGCAAGAUGGAAAAGACAGAAGAUGCAAUUGUUUCUUUACAAAGGGCCCGAGAGAUACAAGCCAGGGUGCUGAAGGGAGCUCAGCUUGAACAGCCAGAUGCCGUUCCUGUCCAGAAGUCUCUGGCAGCAGAGAUUUCGGCAGAAAUCGCCAGACAUGCCGCAGUCCAGCGAGACUAUGAAAAGGCAAUCAAAUUUUAUAAAGAAGCACUAGUUUACUGCGAAACAGACAAUAAGGUUAUUAUGGAGCUGGCACAUCUGUAUCUUGCUCAAGAUGACAUUGAUUCCUGCCAGCAGCAGUGCGCCCUCCUACUGAAGAACGACCAACACAAUGAGGCAGCUGCGAUGAUGAUGGCGGAUCUGAUGUUCAGGAAGCAGGACUACGAGCAGGCUGUAUUCCACUUUCAGCAACUUUUGGAAUGCAAGCCAGAUAAUUAUGCUACUCUUUCUCGCUUGAUUGACCUCUUGAGAAGAGCUGGAAAACUUGAAGAAAUACCAAAGUUUAUCGAUAUGGCAGAAAAUCACUCAUCUAGAGCAAAGCUGGAACCCGGCUUCCACUACUGCAGAGGGUUGUAUCUAUGGUACACCGGAGAGCCUAAUGACGCCCUUCGACAUUUCAAUAAAGCGCGCAAAGACAGCGACUGGGGACAGAGCGCUAUCUAUAACAUGAUUGAGAUCUGCUUGAAUCCUGAUAAUGAGACAGUAGGAGGAGAGGUCUUUGACAAUCUGGAUGGCGACAUGGGGAAUUCCACCGAAAAGCAGGAAUCUGUGCAGCUCGCUGUCAGAACUGCCGAGAAACUUCUGAAAGAGCUAAAGCCACAGACUCUCCAGGGUCACAUCCAGCACCGGAUCAUGGAGAAUUAUUGCCUAAUGGCAACCAAGCAGAAAGCGAAUGUAGAGCGAGCUCUGAACACAUUUACAGAAGUGGCUGCGGCAGAGAAGGACCAUGUGCCCGCUCUUUUGGGUAUGGCCACGGCUUACAUGAUAUUAAAGCAAACCCCAAGGGCGAGGAACCAGUUGAAAAGAAUUUCUAAAAUGAACUGGAACCCAACAGACGCAGAGGAGUUUGAAAAGAGUCUGCUGCUUCUGGCCGACAUUUACAUUCAGUCAGGAAAACACGACAUGGCGGGAGAGCUCCUGAAACGCUGCCUCCGUCAUAACCGGUCCUGCUGCAAGGCGUAUGAAUACACUGGGUACAUCAUGGAAAAAGAACAAGCCUAUAAAGAUGCCGCCAGCAACUAUGAGCUGGCCUGGAAGUACGGGAACCAGACAAACCCCACAGUCGGGUACAAAUUGGCCUUUAACUAUCUGAAAGCAAAGAGAUAUGUAGACGCAAUCGAUGUUUGUCACAAGGUCUUAGAAGUCCACCCAACGUAUCCAAAAAUAAGAAAAGACAUUCUUGACAAAUCCAGAGCUGCGCUGCGGAAUUGAGGAGAUAUCUGGAAACUAUUAGAACGGUCAGGACUGAACAAUCCAGUCACUCGCUGUAUGGUCCAAGCAGGGUUCUGGUCUCAUCCAUGCAGGGUCUGUACUGAAGCUACUUUUGGGAAUGUGCCGCUUCAUGGAUUUAAUAAGCCUAGGAAUGGACGAGAAGACCAAAAAAAAAAACAGGACGGCGUGUGUAACGGAGUCAUAGUAGUUUUGCACAAAAUAAAAAAGUAGAGAUACGGCUUAGCUAAAAUGGUAGAGCUUAGCUCAUCUGGCCCCCAUGGCAGACUGCCUCCCAGCAGUGCAAUCCUCGCCUGGGAGAGGUGCAUCAUAACAAGGUAAAAAUGGGGGAGAUACCUAGGGCAACCAAUCAGGCUGCUGCUUUUAUUUUUUAACAAGAUUUUGCACACUGAGAAUUGGAAUUUGAUUGGUUGCUGUAGUAAGAUCCUCUGUUUCCUCUGCACUUGCCACAUUUUGAUUAAAGAGGACCUCUAGCCUCUCCUGACAUGCCUGUUACAGUAACUACUUGCAUUCCCCUUGUAAUAACAAUUCUGGAGCAUCUAUUGCUAUGACUCUAUGUUGUGCCAUUCCUUUAUUAUUCCUGCUAGAAGUUAUAAAUUUUGGAAUUUUGUUAGAAGCUUGCAGUAAAUGUACGGAUGGGGGUUACCAGUUAGGGGGGGGGGGGUGUCUCUGAACAAUCUGACACUGGCAGCAGUGAUUGGACAGUCAGAGACAUAUCAUCUACUAGUAACACCCUGCAGUACCUUUGCUGCAUUUUUUUUUUACUUCUAGCAGGAAUAAUGCAGGAAUGACACAGCACAGAAUCAUAAAAAUAGAUGCUCCAGAGUUAUUACAUAGAAACAUAGAAUGUGUCGGCAGAUAAGAACCAUUUGGCCCAUCUAGUCUGCCCAAUAUACUAAAUACUAUGGAUAGCCCCUGGCCCUAU